ACGUCACAUCUUUCGGCAACUUAAUAUAUUAGUUACCCUAACUUAAUGUUGUAAAAGGGAUUCUAGCUAGUGUUUCAAAUCACGUCAACGAAUAUUUGCGUUGGGAAACCUGUCACGUUCUAUGAUAGCAUUAUAGUUUCGGUCACGGCUCGUGCGUUUUAAAGUCGUUUUCUUAUUGAUUUGUUUAACCGCUUAACAAACAGGCGCAUUUCAGUAAAUAGUAGGAUGAUUUGCUACCUCGUGGUUGGUUUGUGUCUAUUCCAUCAUGCCUCUUGUAUGGAGGGGAUCGUCAAGACUUUAGCGGGGGGUGGGUACCCUCAUGUUGGGGCAGUGGACACAUGUGUUGAUGGGCCAAACUCCGUGGACGGUGCGUUAGCAGACACAAGAUUCAACUAUCCUUGGGGGAUUGUAUACGACAAAGUGAAGCAUUCUGUCUACGUGGCAGAUUGUGGUUGUCCUGACACUCCGCAUGGCAAUGAUAGAGUACGAAGAGUUGAUCUUGUAACUGACGUUUCUACGACUUCCGCUGGUUCAAGCCAAGGAUUCGCAAAUGGUGUCGGAUUAAAAGCCCAAUUCUUUCAUAUUGCCGGCAUGGCGCUUGACCAUAAACGACAGAAAAUGUACAUUGCUGAUAGUGGUAACAACGCUAUCCGUCUUAUGGACCUGGGUACAAAUGAAGUAACUACAUUUGCCGGAACCAAUGGUGACAAAGCUUUUAAGGACGGUUCACUUUUAACUGCAGGAUUGAACAACCCACAGCAAUUGGAAUAUGAUGACACGAACGACCGCCUCUUUAUUGCUGAUACAGAUAACCACGCUAUUCGAAUUAUAAAUGUAGAUUCAGCCACCCCAAAAGUCACAACGCUGACUGGCGGACCUAGAAUGGAAGGUUUUAAAGAUGGCAGCUUUGCCGAAGCUAUGUGGCGCCACCCAACGGGCAUGGCAUACGACGUCAGAAAAGAUGUGUUAUAUGUUUCUGAUCACUACAAUCACGCAGUACGCAUGUUGGACUUGAAAAAGAAAACAGUUACCACCAUUGCAGGUGGGGGAGAACCUGGGGACGUUAACCAGAGGAUAUUUGGUCACGGUCUUGCAAUGAACUACCCUGAAGGUAUUGCUAUUGACCCAGAGCAUGAGGUGCUUUAUGUGGCGGAGUUUGGAAACAACUGCAUCCGUAUGAUUUCUCUUAUCGACUAUAGCUUGACUGUGCUAGCUGGUAGUGAGAGCUAUGGGUCAAGGGAUGCCGUCGGCACUGAUGCUCAAUUCUUUCACCCUACUGGUCUCGACCUUGACGCGGAAAGGAAAAUGUUGUACGUGACCGAUCAGUAUAACCACAGAGUGCGUGCAAUCACUGCGCUGGGUAAUACAGAGGUUGCACAGAACUCCGCUAUGUUGAUCCAGCAUCUCGGUAAAGUGGAUGCAUACCGAGAUUUACUGGUGCAUAACCGGUCGUCCGUGUUUGCAAGUACGACCAUUAUCGCUCUCUGCUUGUUCAUGAUCUUAUUGUGGCUCACAAGCCGCUACUGGAGAGGAUUUGCAGGACGACACUGGGACAAAUACUGGAAAAUGAAAAAUGCGCAUAAACUUUAACUGCGUUAAUUUUUUAAACGGCUAUUUGUGUUUGUCGUUGCACGUAAGGUCACAGAGAUUGUCUUUGUUUAGAAAAAAAAGUGAAAAUAAAACGAAUUUAAGAGUAGUGCCAAAUAAAAAAAUCACAUCAUUUAA